AUGGCGACAAGUCGCGGCGAGCGUAUGCAGGAGCGCAUGCGCGGGGCAGGCCGUCACGAAGUGGGAGAUGAUUCGUUCGGAUUCGUUCUACCCGUCGAAGAGGACCCUGACGAUGUUUCCUCGUCCGAAGCGACGCCUGCCCCGACACCAGCACCCGAACCCGCACCAGCAGCAGUGCCUUCAAGCCGUUCAACACCCAACACGUCAGCCAAGAGACGUCGGUUGAAUGCACAGACAGAAGAAUCUGAUCCUGUAGUAGCAGAGCCUUCUGCAGACCCAAAGCCGACCUCCCCGGAGCCAGUGGCUUCAGCGCAGCCGAGUAGCGCUUCCAAGAAUGACCCCUACGACAUCGGGCAAGACACUUCCAGGGAGGAGGAGCCCCCUGUCGCACAACUAUCACGACAUGAGGAGCAGGAAGUCGAAAAUGCGGAAGAUAGCCUUGAGUCGUUGCCAGAGGCAGUCGCACGCUCGGCAUCCAGAAGCUCUGUUCUGUCUGCGGGGCCUCAUGUCACAGAAGAGGUCACGGAAAGCCCAAUUGGUGCACCCGGUAGUGGCCACAGGCGAAGAGUGAGGGCGAGCGACGUGACCACGCAGAGCGCCCAACUGCAACGUAUGGUCAUGGCUCAGGAGGCUAGUAUAACUGAGGAGCUAACAAACUCGUCGCCAUUGACGAGGAAGUCUCUCAAGAGUGGCGUGACGCCGAGCGCAUUGUCUGGCAGGUCCAUACGCACUGCUGCGAGAUCUACACUGUCAAAGUCUGCCGCCGGCGCUGAUGCCGAUGAGCUAUCGCCACUUGCCCGGCCCCCGAGGAAGAGUACCAGCACAGCAGGCAGCGGGUCUGCACGAUCAAGUCUAAGCGCCACUCGGCGAAACACCCUGAGUUCUGUCGCCGACGAGCCGGAUGAGCUGUCCUCGCCCGUUCCGCUUGUUGAGAGUCGACGGAGGGCUCAAGCAGCCAAGUCCAAAGCAAAGCGGCCAAGGCAGCCCUCUGUAGUUGUUGAAGACAACGAAGACCAAGAGGAAGAAGACGGAGCCGAAGAUCAGGUCGAAGAAGCUGAGGGGGCUGUCGAGAUUGAUACACGUGAGGCCGCCCAACGCAUUGGGAGAAAACGACCGCGUCCCAGCCCGCCAAGGGAAGAGUCACCCGAGCUCGAUGCCCGCCCAGAAAAGAAAUCUCGGAAAAAACGUGCGAAAGACAGCCCGGCCAGACAAUCACAUCCUAAACCCAACAGAAAGGAGAAAGGAGAAGAUGCACAGAGUCGGAGAAGACGGAGUGGCGGUGAUGAGCACAUUCCUGUCACCGUCCAGAGAUAUACUAAGCCUCUACACUAUAAUGAGGACGAUACGGAUGCCGAUAUCCUAGCUGCGGAGAUUCCUUUUGCCAACCGCGGAGGCGUCAAUGUAGUAGAUGUGCUCUCGCAAAUGUGUGACGAAGUCAUCGACUCCAACCUCGCUACACUACACAACGCAACCGUCAACGCCAAGGACGCCGCCACAAAGAAGGAAUAUCGCACCAAACUACGGGCUCUCGAGGCGUUCCAAGAAGAAUUGCGAACCCGGUUGUUAGAGCAUACCAUCGCGCUGGAUACCUUGCACGCGCUUAAGAAGCGGGUUCGGUCUAUACAGAAGGAGAAACUAGGUCUACGAAACGAUAUAGUCCGUAUUCGGGCCGAGAGAGAGCAAGUGGCCCUAAAAAUGGAUGCUGUUCGAAUACAGCAUGAAACGGAAAGUAAACAGUCCCUGGAUCAACUGAACCUUUCGUCUACUAUGCACGAUAUCGACCUCGCAGUCGAGAAUGGCCGUCAGGCAUCUGAACUCAACCUGAAGGAGCAAAGGACUGCCGAGCUAGCGAAUCUCGAGCUUCUCAUCUCCCGGGUGGCAGAUCAAGCAUCUGCAACAGGAGGCGGCAGUGGUAAUCUGAAGCAGAUCCAGGAGUUCAACGCGUUCUUGGAACGAGCGGCCGUUGCUCUGGAGGCAAGAUGA